AUGCUACCUUUGCCAACGGCACUCUCCGCUUGUAAUAAGCAUGUCUUGCAUAACCACUUCGCUUGUCGGAGGGUCAAACCCAACUCUGCCAAACCCAACUCCGUCAAACCCAACUCCGUCAAACCCAACUCCGUCAAACCCAACUCCGUCAAACCCAACUCCGUCAAACCCAACUCCGUCAAACCCAACUCCGUCAAACCCAACUCUGUCAAACCCAACUCUGUCAAACCCAACUUUCUCAAACCCAACUCUGUCAAACCCCACUCUGCCAAACCCCACUCUGCCAAACCCAACUCUGUCAAACCCAACUCUGUCAAACCCAACUCUGCCAAACCCAACUCUGCCAAACCCAACUCUGCCAAACCCAACUCUGCCAAACCCAACUCUGCCAAACCCAACUCUGCCAAACCCAACUCUGUCAAACCCAACUCUGCCAAACCCAACUCUGCCAAACCCAACUCUGCAAAACCCAACUCUGCCAAACCCCCCGUCUGA